AUGCCCUAUGAGCUUUCCGAGGCGUACGCGUCCGAGUCACUCGAAAUCAUACAGUGGGCAAUGCUCAAAGAAAAGCACUACAUGGGGAUGCGCAACCCGCAAUACAUUACUGAAGUGCAAUGCCAUGGUAUGUCCUGUACCUGGCGCCUGCGUGUGUGUCGCUGGAUGUUCGAAACUGCGAAAGAAUUUGAGCUGCAGAUGGACACAGUCUACGGGGCCAUGUACUUCCUUGAUCAGUACCUCAGUGUGCAUUCGGUGGAUCGUGUGACAUUGCAGCUUCUAGGUAUGAUUUGCAUGUGGACAGCUAGCAAGAUGCAUGAGGGCAAGCCCAUUCUAUUGGAGGAAAUGGCGCUAAUGUGCGAGCGCAAAUUUUCUCGUGCGCAGAUGGUUGACGCAGAGGCACAACUUGUGCGUCUGCUAAACUUUCGUUUUAGUCCCCCAAAUGUCUUUACCAUGGCUCGAGACUUUGUUUACGAGCUCCCUUUCGGCGAUACCGACCGUCGCGCCAACUGCAUUGCCUCUGUAUUCAGUCUGCUUGAGCGCGUGGUUGAGGAUAUGUCUUCCCUUCGCUGCUCUGCCUCAAGUCUGGCCAAGGCCGCUGUCCAACUUGUGGCGAAAUCUGAGUACAAUCUCACGGUUGCACAGCGCUUACUUUGGCUCUUCUCCAACCUCCCCGCGGAUCCAGGUAUCACAAGCUGUCGCUUCUGA